AUGGAGAAAUAUUUUAAGAAAAAAACUAUGUGUGAACUAUCACCGUCUAUUCCAAAUAAAAAGAGUAAUAAUCAAGAGCAUCAAAAUUUGAAAAAUAACAUGGACAAAGUUGAUUUAGCAAAUCUUCCAUUGGAUCCUGCAUUGCGAAAGCCGAUUGUAAAUUAUAAUCCUAACAUACAAGAGGAAGUUCGAAGAAGAUACUUACAAACCGGGCCUUUAAGUAAGGAUCAUGCAGGUAGCACUGAUGCAUUUGUUGUGGAAGGUUUUACCAAUUGGAAGAAGAAAGAGAAAUUACAGAUACAUAUUGGAGGACCUAAGAGUGCACACAAUCAAGCUGCCAACAAGCAAGGUUUUGCUUUCCGUGGUCAUGAUGAAUCAGAUGAUUCAAAUAGACCAGGGAGUUUCAAGGCAACUUUGCACCUUAUUUGUGAUCAUAAUGAGGAUAUUAAAAGGGUUGCGAUAGAUCAAUGUCCAAGAAAUUUGAAAUUGACGUCUCCGGAUAUUCAGAAGGAUAUUGUAAAUGCUUGUGCAAUUGAAACUACCAACUCAAUCCUUCAUGAGUUGGGAAAUAAGUUGUUCUCUAUUCUUGUUGAUGAAUCUCGUGAUAUAGCCUGUAAAGAACAAAUGGCACUAGUCAUACGCUAUGUGAAUAAGGAAGGCAAAGUGGUUGAGCGUCUUUUAGAUAUAGUUCAUGUGCAAGACACUAGUGCUUUAUCACUAAAGGCGUCAAUUGAAGCAAUUUUUCCAAGCACAAUUUGA